CAGAAGGACGCGCUAGUGCAUUUCUGUGAACGCGUAUCGCAGAAUCCGAGUUUCCAUUGUUAUUUUGUUUGGCUAUUUUCACAGUGUUUGCAAGAGCGUAGAUUGUACUGGAAUGAUGCAACAAGUAAACAAACUAAUGCACGGAUCACUACCUGCAGCAGAGUAAAACAGCCGCGGGCCGGGCUCAAUCGGUUCAAACAGGAGACUGGGAGUGCCUCAAGAGCCCUAACCACUAAUCAAUCGAUAAAUGGGGGCCGAGCACUCCCAGCAGCGGGCCGAGGCCGACGGCCACGAGAUCUUCGAAGGCAAACAUAUGCCCGGUGGCGAUGGCCUACCCGAUGGCAGCUCCAUGGCCCUGGCAGCGGCAGCCGGAACGGCGGCGGCCAACAAGCGGCGCGGCGCUGGUCUGAACAGACAACAUACGGUGCCGGGCACUGGACCGGCCAGCAUUGUGAUAGCCAGCAAGCAGAUUAUAGCGGAUGCCUCAUCGCCGGCUAGCUCGGAGCUGAGUCGGCCGCCAUCGCCGCCGCUGAGUGUAUGCUCCGACUUGCCAUAUGUCUCCUACACAGACCGACCCAUCGGGGACUCACCCAAGAUUCGUUCCAAGCCCGCCCACCUGCUGCAGCAGAGCAGCGCGAGUCGGGCGGCCAACAGGAAGUCGCACCCGGGCGGCUUCACAACCACCAGCAAGCCGAAGCGGCCCCAGUCGACGGUGUCCAGCCACAGCAUUGUGAUUGUGAAGCCCGGUGCAAGGGACACCAACGAUGACAUCGAUCCGGAUCUGGCCAGGCUUCGCAGCAUUCCACAAUUCCUGCCCGUUCUGCGGGAGUCCAUCAGCUCGGCCACAUACACGCGAGAUGCUGAGAUCCUGGAGCGUCUGCACUCGCAGCAUCUCAUCAACAUUUGCACGCGCAUGCAGACGCAUCUCAAUCUGUGUGCCUGCUAUGUGUCCAGCGAGCAGAACCACCUGGUAGAGCGCACAAAGGUCGUCAGCAACUCCAUCACCACACUCUUUGCCAGCUUCGUGGACAUGCAGAAGACCUAUGCCUCGUAUGCCGAACAGUUUGCCAAGAUCCGGAGCGUCUCCCAUCAGUUGAGUCGCUGCAACUCGCUGCUGCACGAGAAUAUUGCCAGUCUGGAGGCCAUUAACAAUUUUCUGGACGAUGAGGACCGCCUGGAGCCGUUCGUGUGGCGCACCGAUGACAACAAGCUGCGCGGCGAGGCAGAGGGGGCCACCGGUGGCAACAGCAGUCGUCUGUGGCGACUGUAGAGGGUCACCUGUGGAGUCUCUCUCUGUGCAGGACCAAACCAAUCGCCCCCCAAAGAUUUUCUUAGUACGUAAUUAACGUGUAUUUACUGUGUAUAUUAAUCGUUAACUAAUGCCACACUUAAUCGUGAUUUUAAAUUAGUAAAUGCAAAUCAAAAUGAUUUAUCCAAAA